AUGGCGAGAAUCCGUGCAUAUGAACUGAUUACCAUAGGUAUCGUCAGCGCCUUCGGAAUCUAUUCGGGUGUCAACUUCUUUGAACCGAUCGUGGUGAACCAGUUGCGCCAGGAUGGUCACCUUCGGCAAGACGUGGAAGUGCCAGAAUUUGACGCAGAUGGCAAUCUUCUCGAGCAGAAACUUGGCGCAAAGACUCCAGCCGCCCCAGCACCUGUUUCUGAUGGGUCCGCGACGGAUGGCUCCAAAUCGCAUUGA